AAGCACUGAACGCAAAUUGCCGUCGUCAAAGAGGGAUUGAUGCGGGGCAGGAGAGGGGAAUGGAUAGAGUGUGAAGACGAACGAGUGUGCGAGCGGGAGUCGUCAUGGGAAUGAAUAGAGUGAAAAUGGUGUAAGUUAGUGGUGAUGGGGGGAGGGCGGGCAGCUAGGGACCAGGCCACCCACCCCACGAGAUGGGCAGUGAAACGCCGCGCGGAAUGAGCGCCAGUGGCACGUAAUGGCCGCUCGGCGCCAGGCAACGGGGAGCGACGAGUGCAGGAAGUCGCGGUAUUGGCUGUGCCUCGGCUUUUCCCCCCGCGUCCCUGCUGCCCUCUUGCGCCGGCAGUAGGAGCUCCAUGCACCACGCCUUACCAGCUUCUCCCCUCACUUGGCCACUUCGCCACGCCUCGGACGCUCGCCCUUCUUGUGCAGCGCCAUCACUUCUGGGGGCUCCGUGUCGCGCACCUCCAGACCGGCAAGCAUUCGCAGCCUCAGUUCCCACUAAUCUGAGUGCGUCUGGACUGGCUGUUGUUUGCUUGUGUCAAGGUCUAAGGUUCUGAGCUACUCGGCUACGGUCUUAAAAGUGCCAACACUGCUGCAUUGGUGGAUUAUGAAGGGUGAAAGGCCUGGAUGUUCUGCGAGCACAAUGUGGAGAGGUCCUCUUAGACCAGCGGAAAGGUGAAGGCGAGCUCGCUAAGAGAGCUCAAACUAGGUCUUACAGGCGUCACAUCGGAACUAGUCGGAGGAAAGUAACAUCAUCUUGACACAGGGGUCUGAUAAAAGGGGCUCGGUGGGGUUUCUCCCGUUUCGGAGUUGUGGUGCAUGGCACCGACGAAAGCAGGCGCCUUGACCUGCUUUCAGCUGGGUCGGAUGGGGACAACCAUGAAGACUCUCUGGCUAGUAUCUAUGCUGGUUUGUGUUCGCGCAGCAGUUGCUGCCACUGAACACCCAUUCUUCGGAACCCGACCGAUCGGAAACCACCCUCCCGGUGUUGGAAACCAUCCACCCGGCGUUGGCCGUCACGGACCCGCGUGGAGUAAGUGGAGAGCUUACAUAGCCCUGCAAGCAUGGAAAAAAGCAAUCGUCGACGAUCCGAAAGGAAUCUUGGACACAUGGGUGGGUCUGGACGUGUGCGAGUACGAAGGAGUGUUCUGCUCUCCACCCGAAGAUCCGAACCUGUCUUAUCUCGAAGUGGUUUCAGGCAUAGAUCUCAAUGAAGCUUACUUAAAAGGUCCUCUUGCGCCCGAGCUCGGUUUGCUUCGAGAGAUUGGAAUUUUUCACGUGAACAGUAACCGUUUCUAUGGAACUGUUCCGGAUUCAUUUCGGUACAUGAAAACCCUGUUCGAGCUUGAUCUCAGCAACAACAAGCUCUCUGGAAAGUUUCCGGAGGUGGUAUUGGACAUCCCACGUCUGGAGUAUUUGGAUAUUCGUUUCAACAAUUUUUACGGUAAAUUGCCGAGAGAGCUUUUCUCAAAGCCUCUGGACGCACUAUUUGUGAACAACAACAAUUUCGAUGGCGAGAUUCCCGAAAACUUGGGAGAGUCUAAGGUAUCAGCCAUUGUUCUCGCAAACAACAAUUUCGAAGGAGGUAUCCCGGAAUCUAUCGGACAGUUGGAGAAUGUGGAAGAAAUUGUUGCCCUGAACAACAACUUCAAGGGUGGGCUCCCUCAUGGCAUUGGAAAUCUCACAGGUGUUACUCUCUUCGAUUGCAGUGAAAACAAAAUCACCGGAGCACUGCCUAAGAGCAUUGAAGGCAUGGCAAGCUUGGAGGUUUUUGACAUGAGUGAUAACAUGCUAGGAGGGAUGGUUACGGCGGAGCUGUGUGAGCUUGACAAUAUUACCUCCAUCGUUUUGGACAACAAUUUCUUCACAGGCAUUGCUCCUUCAUGUGCUGCUCUUGGAGAUAUCUUGUCCCUCGAUGGUAACUGUGUUCCUGGCUCGCAAGGGCAGAAAGACGCUGCAACGUGCGCAGCCUUCUACAACGGCGGUGGAACCCCUUCUCCAACUCCACCUACUCCCACUCCAGUUACACCUUCUCCCCCCACACCCACCCCUUCUCCCCCAACGCCAACUCCAGUUACACCCUCACCCCCUCCUGCGCCUUCUCCUCCCCCUCCAGCUGUGCUACCACCUGCUCCUGAAGCAGAAGGUGAAUGUCCGGAAGGCUACGAACCUGGGAGAAAGUCCGGCACUUGUUUCAUGCUCGUUAAGGAGCCACAGACUUGGGCACAGGCCGAGUACUAUUGCCGACGACAGUCGGAUGGUCACUUGGCAGCUGCUGCUGAUUGGGAUGAGCUUAAGGACCUUGGCAUGCUCUGCUACCAGUCAAACGAAACAGUUUUUGGGGAUGCCAAUAACCCUCUGGGCCUGGGAUGCUACAUUGGUGGGAGGAGAGCUUACAAACUUAUGCCUACAACCAGAGGCUGGAGUUACCCCAUGUCGCCUUGCGUCGAGUUCAACCAGUCUUGGUGGAACAAUGAUGAGCCCAACAAUCUCGGAGGCUACGAGGGAUGUCUCACAAUCAAGUUCGAGUCUGAGGAGCAGUCCAGGGAUCCUGAAAAGCUUCCUUACAUGUUCAAUGACUUGAGCUGUGACGUUCGGCUUCCUUUCAUCUGUGCAUUGACCAGGUGCGAGGAUGUGGGAUGUGAUUUGCCCGACACUUGCCAGACCGAAGGUGACAAGGACGCGAAGUGUUACACCGAGGCCAGCAAAGCAGUAGGAUAUGGCUGCGACUGCAGUGACGGACACUAUGCGGAUGAGUCAGGGACAUGCAUUCCUAGUGAUUCGUAACCUGUUAUUUCUUGUGCUUUCUUCGAGACAUGCCAAGAACCGGAAGCCGUGAACAAGGCAGCAGGACUGGAGGAAUGGAUCAUUUGGACUUGAAAAAACUGCUACCUACAGAUUUGGAUUAGCAACGUGUGGUGCAUAUGGUGGAACUGCUAGGGGAUAGACAGAUCUUUGAAGGUCUAUUUUAGUUGCCCUGGAAGGUAAAGUGGCAAGACUUUGAUAAACCUUUCAGUUGUCUGCCUUUUCCUUGGUGGCAGCGAGAUACCGAGCAAUCAAAGAUUGCUCUUUGUGGCAUGUUGUGUCAAAACAUUUUAGUGAGGCGGGGUCUGGGUAGGUGGGCAUUUAUUGAUUUCUUUUCAUUUUUUCUGCUAUGCUACAUACAUCUUGAGGUGGUGGGAUGCAGGAGGAGGUUGGAGCUGUGCACUAGAUUGCCUUGCCAGGCCUCUUGUUUCUUCUGAGUUCUGUCGAUUCUUUGACUGUGAACAGUUUAUUCUUCUAGGUUAUCUUUCUUGUAAAUGUGUCGUGUGAUACCCUACUUAAACAUCACAUCAUUCUUGCGUUCUUCAUGUCACCUCAUUGUUCUGUUUUUUGAAUAAGACCUCUGUCUAAGCGAGUUACUCUUCCCUCGAGUGUAAUCUCGACGGACUAUCUUAUUUUCC